GUCGAAUAUCCGGUACGUUGUAGCCAUAGGAACAGCCGGAGCGUAGCUCUGGUUAAACAAGUUAAUAUCUUGGCCUCAUUUUCUGAAGAGACUAUUCAUAAUGGGAGACAGAGAGGUAUCCAAGGAGGCCGAGGAGGUGGAGGAGCGGGAAAUGAGUGUGGCCCUUCACAGUCCUCUGAGCUACCCUUUGCCUGAAGAGUUACAAAAGAUGGAACGCAGUGAGACGGUGUGCUGUUACUGCGGUGUAAGCUACCUCAUCUUCCAUGAGUUUCAUCAGCUCCACACCCAGCUGGCUCAGUUAAAAGGUGAGCUGCAGGACCUGAGAGAGGCGGCCCAAAGAGAGAAGGCCCAGCGUGAGGCACUGGAGCUGGGCAGGUUGGAGUGGGAGAGGGCACUUCACCUGGAGAUGCAGAGACAAGCCGAAGUCAGAGAGAGAAACACACGAGAAGAGCUAGAAGACAGGACCCAAAACACACUGAGAGCUCUAAGAGAUGAAUUUGAAGCAGAAUAUGAGAGUUUGAGGAAAGAGGUGGGAGAGGAGCAUCAGAAAAUAUAUAAAGAAAAAGAGAGUCAAAUUAGAGGGGAGCUGGGAGACUUAGAGGCGGAGAAACUGAGGAGGCAGAGAGAAGAGCUGGAGAGGAGGAGCGAGGAGAGAGAGAAAGUUCUGAGUGACGCACUUCAAAAGGCCAAUAAAAAUUCGGACGAGCUGAGAAAAGAACUCCAACAGCUGGAAGAGAGAUUGGCACUAGCAGCAGCCAUGAAGGAAGAGGCAGAGCACAUAGUUGGAAAAGAGAAGCUGCAAGGUGAAAUUCUCAGAGGUAUUUGUGCGCGGCAGCGGCAGACCCUGCAAGCAACUCUCUCUUUGUUACGCUCCUCUGGCAGUGGCCUCACAGAUGUAAGGGGUUUCCUCAGCCAGCUGACAAGGGCCUGGCAGGGCUUCAGAUCUCAGAUAAUGCAGCACAGCACACAGGUGUACUCAGCAGUGCGUGAGGAGUUGAGGAAUUCCAAUGUGGAGCUUCAGAAAAUGAGAGAAGAGAAGGAGUGCCUAAGUCAGCAGCUGAUGGAGCAGAAGCGACAGAGUGAGGAGCAACUGUCCAAGCUAGAAGACUCCGAGAAGGGGCACAGAGCAAAACUCCUCAGGUUGCAGGUGGAGCUGGAGGAGAAACAUGAGAAAUGGUUGUCAUGCCAACAAAGAUGCGAUGCCGUACAGAAGCAGCUGUCGACUUGUGACCAGAGAGAGGAGCAGAUAAACCGGAAGUACUUUGCAGCUAUGGAGGAAGUGACACAACUGAGGAGAGCUCUGGAGAAUAUCCAGCAAGAAAUGAGAGAACUGGAGAGGCAAAGGGAUAUUAUGCUAGAGUCUCAUGGCAGAGCCCUGACUAUGAUGAAGGAAGACUUCACUCAGCAACUGGCCACGAAGCUGUCUGCUUCCUUAGAAGAGCAGAGAUCCCAGAGUUCAUUGCACCUGAGGGAGCAGAUGGAGAAGCUUCGCAGGGAGGUGGACCUACAGCUGACAGCUGACAGGAAGAAGAACCAGUUACUGCUUCUACAGUGCCAACAAGGCAGGUCCCAGCUUCAGCAGAAGUUGGAGGAGAGUGAAAUGAAGCUUCAGGAACUGCAAGAGGACCUGCAGAAAGAGAGGAGGAGCAGGGAGGACGAGAGGCGAACGCAAUAUGAGGAGAGGAGGAGGAAAGAGGAGGAGAUACACAAUCAGGCGACAGUGCAUCUGAGCCAGGCUAAAGCAGAAAUAGAGCUGAUAACUGCGAAGAAUGCUGAACUACAAGAAGAGGUAGCAUUACUCCAGGACACAGUAAGGCGGGAGUGUCAGGAGAGGGAGGAGCUAACUGCGGCUCUGUCUCAGACUCGUCAGGAGCUCUUUGGACCGCAAUCCCGGGCGUCUCAUCAGGGCACCUUAAGGCCUUCUCCUCCAGAUCACAUGGAGAAACACACACCCCCAAGGAGCAAAAAUGUACACAACCGCAGUCAAGCCCAGGCAUCGAUUACUCGCUCCUCAACCUCCCCAAACAGACUCCGGCCCUCCCCUGCCUGCACAGACAAAGACAGAGGCCGGGGCACAGGUGGAGGGGGAGCAGGAGGGAGGAAUUUGGAGUUCUGGAGUAAUGGGAGGGUGUUAGGUGGAGAAAAACAGCAAGAAGUGACGCUGCCCAGACUGAAAACAAGCAGCACAGUGAGUGAAGUCAAACGUAAAGUCAGUUUAGUGAUGGGGAGGAAAGAGAAACUCUAAGAAGCAAGCUGAAAAGAAGGACACAAAGUGUGUUAAACUUCUGUUUACUGCACAAAACAGAUCUUUAGUGUUUACUCAUUUAAUUAUGUUUUUAAUUUUAAUAGGAUUUUAGUGUUUCUUUAAAGUAAAUAUCUGUCUAACUUCCUUCUUCAAAACUUAUACACACACAGAUGAGGUUGUCUGAGUCCUGUUUGCACACUAGUAAACUCUCAGUACACACACUCUGCAACAGAUAUGCACUUGUUCUCUCACAACCUGACUCACACAGACUCACUGGCACGCACAGGAUUUCACAAACACCCACACGCACACAAACACACACGCAAAGAAACACACACACAGAGCUUUAAGGAGCAUGACAGCAUGUCCCUUGCCACCCAUGGACGCAAACAAAAGGCAGGCAAACACAAAAGAAACUGUAUGGUAAGCAUCCCCAGACAUGCGCGCACGCACACACACACACACACACACACACAC